AGUAUUGUGCGUUCCAAGCAUGGAUUGCAUUCACAAUUUAUCUUCCUCCAAAGCUGCGAAUUAUUUACGACUUUUUCAUUAAAGUUUGAACUUCAACACACUUUAAUUUCUUUUCAUUACAGUUAUGGGUUUUGUCGCCCCUUUUUUCCACUUUUCUUUCUCUACUCCCACUCUUUCCAUUUCAAUUCAACCUUUCUCUCUCAUUUUCUUUCUCCUACUAAACCCACCUCAAUAACAAACAAAUUUCGCAAUGGGUUAUCUUUUCUGCAAUGCAGAGUCUGCAAUUGCUACCUGCGAUCCACACUAUUGGGAUCUCAAAAAAAGAAACAAAUCCAUAACAAAUGGAACCCACACUAUCAAGGAGUUUCUCUACACCGACCUCGUCGCCGCCACGAACGGUUUCUCCGAUGAUAGCUACUUAGGUAAAGGCAGCCACGGGAGAGUUUACAGAGCAACGUUAAACGGAGGCAAUCUAGUCGUCGCCGUUAAAACUACUAAGCAAACUGCAAAGAUUACACAUAACCACGCCGUGAACUGCACCGGUUGCGGUAACUGUACGAGUCCUGCUGAGAAUGAGAUCGAGAUUCUUUCUCAAGUUCCAAGUUUUCGCCUCGUGAAUCUCAUCGGUUACUGCACCGACCCAAACGGCAAUAAAUUAAUUGUCGUUGAAUACAUGCCUAACGGUUCGCUUCAUGAUUUAUUACAUUCCGCGUCUAAACCGCCCGGUUGGACCAGACGAGUCCGGUUCGCAUUGCAAGUUGCAAAAGCGGUUCGGUCAUUACACGGUUCUAACCCUCCGGUGAUCCACCGUGAUAUUAAAUCGUCCAACGUUUUAAUCGAUCAGAAUUGGAAAGCAAGACUCGGUGACUUCGGUUUAGCACUUAGAGGACACGUGGAGGACGUUCGUGUUAAGUGUACGCCACCCGCGGGGACGUUAGGGUACCUCGAUCCAGGCUAUCUUGCGCCGGGGGAUCUUAGUGCGAAGAGUGAUGUCUUCAGUUUUGGGAUCUUGUUGUUGGAGAUAAUCAGUGGAAGAAAUGCUAUCGAUGUUAAUUACAGUCCUCCUUCGGUUGUUGACUGGGCGGUGCCUCUGAUUAGAAGAGGCGACUUCGCCGGAAUCUGUGAUCGGAGAAUAGGAACUCCGUCGGAUAUGUCCGUGAUGCGGCAGAUUGCGGUACUUGCUGCAAGAUGUGUUAGAUCGACAGCGGAGAAGCGGCCGGCGAUGGUGGAGGUUGUGGAGUGUCUUAAACUUGCCGGGAAGAAGAUUCACUCGUCGCCGAUUUGGAAUAGUUUCAGGUGCCGCGUGACACGAGUGGAGAGUUCGCAACCGUUGAUGAAGUGGGAAGCCUAUGAUCAAGAUUAUGAUUAUGAUUAUCAUGAUGAUUGUAAUGAUUGGAAUAAUAAGAGUGAUGAGGUUGUUGUGAAAAUUGUAAAGAGUGGAAGCAGUAGCAGAAGGAAGAGUAAAGUAUCCAGUGUAGCGAGUGCCGAGUCUGUGAGUAAACACUCCAAGAAAGUGGUUAGAUCUAAGCCGUCGAAGAAAAUAACUAGAUCUAAGACCGUUGGUUCUUCUUCUAGUUGUGCUAGUAGCUGUGGUAGGAAAAGUGGGAUUCAAAUUCAAAUAGUUUCGGAGAAAACGCGUGCAAUGAAGCUGAAAAAGUCAAAGUCAACGGGGAUGUUGCAAGAUCCUCAUUUGGGUGAGACUGAGAGGAUAGCAUUAACCAUGUCAAAGUUGGUUAUUACAGAUAAUAAGAAGUUGGAAAAGAAGAUGCUUGAAAAACCGUUGGUUUACUCGCAUGGUUGGGAGUCUGAAUAACUCCUGCAAAACAGAGAAUCAUUUUUUUACCAAUAUCUUCGAGAAAAAUGAAAUACAGCAAUUUGUUGUUUGUUUAAUAAAACUAUUUUUUAUAUUUUGAAAUGAAUAGCAACAGAUAAAUGAGUAGUUAUAGUAGUUAUUGUAUUACUAUAUAGUUUGUCGAGGCUUGAAAAUGCAAGUACAUUUGUCUUCUUAGAAAAAGCCGGAAGGAACUAGACCAUCGUUUUGCAUAUGGACACUAUUUACUUUCUUGCCGACUAGGCCAAAAUUUUGCAUAUGAACAUUAGUCACUUUCUUGUCCA